AUGAACAAGUCUUUUAUCGAGCGCAUAUUUCCCCAAUCUCCAGGUAGCCGGUUGCCUCAAUAUGAGUAUGACUACGCGCCUUCAUCUUCAGGAUCUCCAGCAUCCCCUCCUCGUAUCGCCCUGCAGGAAUCAACACUCUCUUCUCUGCGCUCUCGAGGGGGUUCAUCUUCCCCACAAAGGGCCAGAUCCCAGCAUCUGUCACCGUCUCUUGUCCGCCACGACGAUCCUUUCCUUUCCGUCGAGCGUGCUUCCAAGUCUCUUGAGAGAAUUCUGCAAACCCUACUAGAUGCUCAAUCAGAAGGACUCAGUGCAGGAAUUGGCUCGGACGAAGGGGACGAAGUCUCCUCAGUAGGAAGUCCUACACCUACGCCUUCUGCGGUGACACCGACAAGUCGAAGAGAUUCGGGUUUGAAAACAAUACCAAUAAGACAGCCGAAACCCAAGAAACUCACACUCCGCGGGGCCAGGAAAGGACUUGGAAAAUCCAUGAGAGAAUUUGCGGAUCUCAAGAGGCACGAGUUGAGGCUGAUUGAAAAGGAAGUGGCGGCCCGUGACCAAGCGCUCAAGCAAGCCUCUGAUCUGGGAAAUCAAAGGAGCGUGUUGGACGAUAAGAUUUACAGAAUCCAGCACGAAGAGAACUCAGCGGGUCUACAGUCAGAAGUGCAAAAGGUCGAGCAGGAGAUUCGAGAGUUAGAGAACACUCUCUUUGAACUAAAAGCCAGGCAUCGGCAUCUGACUACACGGCUACGAGAAGAAGACAGCACAAAAGGGUCCAAAUUGAGCUCCUACAACGAAUCAGUCAGACUGAACGAAAGUCAAGCACGCACUUUCCUACGUCAUCCCCCCAUUGUACAAGGUUUGCGACCAAAUUUUGCAGGUGGAAUGUAUGCGUUGAAGCCCGAGCGCAGGACGCUGCAAAUGGCGCAAGAACAAUGGACUGCGGAAGUGGAAUUGCUGAAUUUAAGGAAAAGCGAUGUCGAAAACGAGAAGACUGCGCUCGUAGAGGGCUCAGCUCUGUGGCGAGAUGCCGUCCACCGGAUUCACGAGUUUGAGAAAGAACUGAAGGCUCAGACGCGUGACCUGAGCCAGUCUCAAUUACAGUCGUACUCGGGCGAUCCUGCGCUGGCCAAGAUGGGGUUAAAGGCUAGUAUGCAAGUCAUCCUGUCGAAAUUGUCGACUCUGACGUCCGAACUGGAGAGAGAUCUUAAGUGGGCGGAGGAUAGAAAUUGGAAUCUCCUCAUUUGCUCCAUUGGCGCCGAGCUCGCGGCUCUCGAACAGGCUAAAGGCAUAUUGACAGAGACAUCGGCUUUUGCGAAUUGGGAGAUUCAUCACACGCCUGGAGACGGUGCGGGCAUCAACGGCGAUACCGACUCUCUUAUCGACGACGAUCAAGAUGCGCCGCAUGAAGAUCUCUUGAAUGAACUAUCUGCGGCCACCGCCGCCAACAUGAAGCCACGAAGCAGAAGCCCCGGUGAGACCAGCAACCAGAGCCUCGAGGAUACUUUACGUGAGUUCGGGACAGAUGCGAAUGAAGUGGGGAUGAGCACGGAAACCGAAAAGGAGAAGUUAUCUUUGAAGGCCACGGCCGUGCAUGAACCCAUGUCGGAGAGCGAAGACGACGAUCCUGGUCCAGACUUCUUCUUGUCGCAUUAG